AUGUCGUUGCUAAGAUAUCGUACAAUUGUAUCACCAGCUCUCGGUAAUGUUCUGCUACGUUGCUAUGCCUCUGCACCCGCUUCAUUCUCGCAACUACCAACCGGUGCCGGAAAGACACCACCGACCCUCGAAGAAUUUGAUCCUUUGAAUCCAGGCGAAUGGCAACUUGGAGCAGCUGGCAAAAUAUUACCGCGUCUUCCCGAGGGAACGAAAUGCGGUAAGCUGGUGAUGGGUAAAUAUGGAUUGUAUGAUCCAAGAUUACGAAAACAAGUGGAACUCUAUUCACAAGCCUUGCUGGAUGGUGCGAAGAGUGAAGAGGCACGUCCCUUUGACAAACGCUUAACGAUGAUCGGAAAGGCAAUCGCGUUCACAUCGUUCCUGAUCGGUCUUUGGAAUUUGUUCGUUCUCUUCAAUGGAAAACUCAUCUGGCCAUAUACCAAUUAUAAGGCACCUGGACAGUCCUGA